AUGGCAGGCCUGGCACCCAGUACAUAUGCCCUCAGCCCAGUCAUGCCAAGGCGCAUUCCGGCGCAACAAGGUGCCUCACCUGAGGGCUAUUGGCCGAAUACCAAUAUACCUGAAAGUGAGAAGUUGGGCCCGCAUAGAACAUGGAAGGGUACUUGGGCACUGUCAUCCAUUCAGCUACUCUAUGCGUGUCAAAAGGGUAUUAUUCCAGGCCCGCCUGAGCUUAGCACUGCGGAUCUGGAAGACCGAAGCAAAGGGGACAUAUUCGUCAAGGGAGCCGCGGUUUUACAGAUCUCAUGGCUUGUGAUCCAAAUAAUCGCUCGUGCAAGCGAGGGUCUCGCGAUAAGUCUACUAGAGAUCACCACCCUCGCCUUCGCAGCCUGUGCAAUCGCUACCUACAUCCUCCUGUGGCACAAGCCCCAAGAUGUCAUGACACCCACAUACAUCGAUGCCACCAACAUUCUCACCCGGGAGCAAGUCAUCGGCUUAGCAGCCCGUUCUCCUGUAUCGACUUUGUUCGUGCACGAAUUCUGGCUUCAUGGGGUGGCUGUUCGAGCCAUGGCAGACACCGUCUUCCCUUGGACACGUGGCAUACCGAUACGACUCCCGCGGCAAGGGGAUACCCUCUACCUCAACCCAAUCUUCAUAGGCAUCGGCUUUGGCGGCGCUCUUUUCGGUACCAUCCAUUUCGUUGCCUGGAACUUCGUGUUCCCAACGCCAGUCGAGCGGAUGCUCUGGCGCGUGUCCUGCUGCGUAAAUCUCAGCAUGCCACUGCUGGGCACCGCUAUGUACUUUGUGACGAUACACAAUGCUAGAAAAGACAACGAGACGGACACCAAGACGAAUGCGCUGCUGAGACCCUUUACUACGAUUUGCACAUUGCUGUAUCUGUUUGCGAGGUUGUACCUUAUGACGGAGGUCUUUCGAUCGUUGGCGUAUCCGCCGCCGACUACGUUUCAGGACAUCAAUUGGCCCAGCGCUAUACCGCAUGUUAACUGA